GGUACGUGCCGCGCAUGCGUCCAUUCGGUCCUUGGUGUGCUGUGUGAAAACUGGAGAGCUAUGGCGGCGUGCCGGGGAUCCUCUUCAAAAUGGUUUUUCACCCGGGAGCAAAUCGAAGCCACGCCGUCCCGCCGUUCGGGAGUGGAUCCGGACAGGGAGCUAUCUUACCGACAGCAGGCGGCUAACCUCAUUCAAGACAUGGGCCAGAGACUCAACGUCUCACAACUUACAAUAAAUACAGCAAUUGUUUACAUGCAUAGAUUUUAUAUGUUCCACUCUUUCACCAAAUUCCACAGAAAUAUAAUUUCUCCAACCACCUUAUUCCUAGCUGCGAAAGUUGAAGAGCAACCUCGGAAACUUGAGCAUGUUAUUAAAGUUGCCCAUGCUUGUCUAAACCCUCAAGAGACCCCACUUGAUACAAAGAGUAAUGCAUACCUCCAGCAAGCUCAAGAGCUGGUGAUACUUGAAACCAUAGUGCUGCAGACUUUAGGAUUUGAAAUAACUAUUGAACAUCCACACACUGAUGUGGUGAAAUGUUCCCAGCUAGUGAGAGCAAGCAAGGAUCUGGCACAGACUUCCUAUUUCAUGGCUACCAACAGCCUCCACCUCACCACCUUCUGCCUGCAACACAAGCCCACAGUAAUCGCCUGCGUCUGCAUCCACCUGGCCUGUAAAUGGUCCAACUGGGAGAUCCCUGUCUCCACUGACGGGAAACACUGGUGGGAGUACGUGGACAACUCUGUCACCCUGGAGCUUCUCGAUGAACUGACGCAUGAGUUCCUUCAGAUUCUGGAGAAGACACCGAGCAGGUUGAAGAGGAUACGAAAUUGGAGGACCACGCAAGCUGCCAAGAAGACCAAGGGAGAUGGCUCUCAGGCAAACGACCCCUACCCAGGACCCUCCCUGGUCCACGAACAUUCCCUGGGAGAUGCCAUCCCUGGGGUCUCCAACUCAGCCUUCUCCAAGGCCGCUUCAUCGUUCCCUGUCCCUCUGCCAGGGCACGCCAGUGGGCCCCUCUCCCUGGACUCUAUCGCGUCCAUGCAGGGCAGCUCCUACACCUUCACAGCCCCCAGCGACUGGCCCCAGGAUACGGGGGGUCGCUUGGAGGGAGGAAGCUAUUCCCUCAAAACAGAUGCACUUGGCCUCCAGCAGGGUGCUCCAAUGAACCCGAACAGACCAGAUAAGACAGAGUUCAACCCUACUAAACAUGAACAUAAGGUCGGGUCGGCAGGGGGUGUGGGGAAGCAACAGCAGCCAGUUUUCCCUCCACCGCCCCCGCCGGCUCAGAAAAUGUCCCUGGACAAGUAUAGAGAGAAGCACGCUGCUGAGCUGGCGGUGCAGCAUAAACGCAGGGCAGAGCAGCAGAGUUUCGAGCCUGACGGCAGGGACUCAUAUAUACCCUCCUCUGUCCAAUCAGACCAUAGGAAACACAUGCAGCUCCACCCUAACCCUGGGAGCAGCAGCAGCACCACUGCCUCCCCUCUUAAAAUGAAGCUGGCCACGCCAGGCCAGGACAAGGUCCCCUCUGACAAACGGGACAAGGGGGGCUCACUCAAACUCCGCCUUCCAGUUCCUUCUCAGGGGGGCGUGGCCAGCAAAGAGGAGCUGAAGAUGAAAAUCAAGGUGUCCUCGGAGCGCCACAGCUCUUCUGAUGAGGGCGGGGCCAAGAGCAAACAUUCCAGCCCGCUAGUGAGCAAGGAGAAGCACCGGGAACACUCAACCCACCGCCACCACCACAAGCAGCACGGCCACUCUCACCUUCAUGCAGCACAGCACAGUGGCAACGGCCGAGGGGUCCCCGAGGGGCCAGCGGGGGCCGGGCCAGCCGUCCUCCGGAGACCCCUAGGGCUGGGGGGUGUUGAGGGGGUGGCGGGCAUGGCCCCUAGCUCUGGUUCCAGCUCCUCCCGCAAGAGGGGGCACCCACACGUCGCAAGCCACAACCACCACUCCUCCAAAACGAGCAAAAGCUCCAAGGGCGGCGCAGGUGGGCUACGAACAUCUCAACGCCCUAGUGAAACUGGACAAGAAGCCAGUGGAGAACCGCAGUCUUGAGGGAGCCGUGCGGGCGUUUUCUGCCAUCGGGCAGACUACAAACACUUUUGACAUGCUCGAUUCUCUCAAGUGCCCAAGGAAUUAACUCAUGAACACUUUGUAGCAAAGCAUAGGAAGGUAAAGUAAAAAAUAUAACGGAAAGUGUAGGACAUUUCAACGGUUGAGGCAAAAAAAUGAGAAAUUAAUGCUUCCUGAUCAUCUGAUCUUUUGGCAGUGCUGGUAUAGUCCUGCCCUUUUCAAUGUGUAAUUGCUGCUUUGUCCUCCAUAUUCUCAGGAUGGGUCUUGGAAUGCGGACGUGUGUGAGUGUUAGGGGGGGUCAUCCGAGUUUAAAUCUCCAUGUUCGGAGGGGGAAAAAGUAUAAAUACUGAAAAGGCACGAAAGGUGCAAUUUCGAAUAUUUUUUUCCAAAUAAUAAUUUAAACAGCAUUGUCACAGCUGUUAUCCAUUCUGGUGAGAAAACAUGUCAAGUAGACCUCCGUGUUGCCAGGAGGGGGCUUAGCUCAGACAGAAGUAAAGGCAUGCCAAACAUGGCUGCCAAUGGAAGUUGGAUUUUUAGUUGUUAAUUUCUCUUGAAUUAGUUUUUCCUUUUUUAUGCUGAAUACUGUAUGUAGGAUCUGCAUGCAAUCAUCAAAGGGAUAACGCAGAAAGCUGACCGCUGUUUACAGAAAGUAAAGAUAAAUGUACAUACAUUUUUGUAUGUUUAAAAAGCUAUACCAUAAAUACUCAGGUUUGGAGCUGCUUGUAACUAUAUAACAAGAUAUAUAUAUAUAUAUUGGGGAAAAAUACUAUUGUAACUUGAUGUAGGAGUCCUAUCAUCGGUGAUUCUGACUGCCACAUUCCUGUGUUGUGCUUAGAGCCUGUAUUACACAUGGCUGGCUGCCAGGAGAUGGCACUUGAACUUCGACCUUUCCAACUCAGCCAAUCCAGACCCUACAAACAGUACCAACCACCUGGCAUGUUGUCAGAGGCAAUGCAAUUUGUACACUUUUUUUUUUUUUUGGACUUCCAAGAUUACCUUAAGCUGGAUGCCAAAGGCUUUGCCUCACACAAAAAAACUAAAGACAUACAUGAGAAGAGGACAAUAAUAAUAGUGCUAUAACGUUUACAUGCCUAACCUUUGCUGUGAAGAGCAUUUACACAAAAUUGUUACUUGGCUUGACGCUAUAGCCCAUAGAUACAAAGCUGUAGGUAAGUAAUGUAGUAUUGUUUAUGUUUGGUGAAAGAAAACAACAGCAGAAAAGUAGCCUGGAUGCCAGUCUUUCUGCUCUCUUGCCAACUCCUUAUGUAAUUGAUAUGGCUUGACAAUGGAGUAGGCAAGAGCACAAACCGAUCUGGGACCAGGCUAGCAGUAAAGGCUGUAGGGCUUAACGUUCCAUCAGUGUUGAUACAGUACGGUGGCUUGUAGGCUGUUUGUUCUCUAACGGGUCAGUUUCCUAAUAUAUAUAUGGAGUAUAUCGUUCUCAAUUCUGGACACACAAUAGUAACUGUUCUUUGACUGGUUAGUCCUUUAUUUCAGUGUGCAGACAGUUUGUAUUGAGGCCAAGAUGGUAUAUUUCCCCAGUACUGAUAGUGAUUAUAUUCUUGGGCACAGACAUUAUUACAGUGGUUUGGUCUCAACAAGAAGGCAAAUGCAAACCGUGACAUCCAUUUUUGUUUUUUUUGUUCUACAAAUAAAUCUUACGGUUACCACUACCUUAAAACAUGA